AAAAAGUUUACAUAAAAGUAUCUUCUUUUGAUAUGAUAAAGGUUGCUCACUGUUGUGACAUCGAAAAACAACAACAUCUAACUAAAGGUACGCCUUCCAUGGUAAAGGUCAGCAAUAUACGAUACGUAACAAAUUUUUUGUCGUCUUGUAGUGGUACAAUAUAAAACGGUGAUGAUAAUCGCCUUGUACGUUCAAAUUAAAAUCGGCAAGCACUCGAGCAAAAGCUUUAUUAAUUCGCAUAUCAUAGCCGCGAUUCGCGCGCAUAGCUUACUUACUUUAUAUUAAAGCGUAUCGAGAAUCGGUAAAGGCAGUUCGCGUUGAUAGUGCAUUACAUAAAGUAUUCCGAUCUUAUCUGGACAUAAAAAGUUAUUGUAAACCUGUUUCCGACGCGCUUUCUCGACUUUUUCGAAAAACCUUUUCUUGUUAUAAUGGAAAUGGACACAGAAAUGGCGGAGGGCAAUUUCGAGGUGAAUAUUUUCGAUCGCCAGGCAAUGUACAAAUCACUGGCGCUGGCCGAGACCUUGUCCAGGGUCAGCAUGCUCACUUCCCCGGCCGCCAAACGAAGACUGGCCGCAAGAAGUGCGGAAAUGAAAUUUGGACACCUCGAUAACGUUUCCGGUUGUUUUGUACCACCCAAGGAAGUUCUCUUGUAUCUCGUAAGAAUGGGGAGUUUCAAUUCUGCUCCUAAAAUACUGAACGAAGACUGUCAGGAUCGUGACCUAAAUCUUCCUAAUUGUAUUGAUAGACAGGAUUUAUUACGUCUAUGUCAUACAAACUCUGAUGGUUUUCCCAUAAUUCGAAGAAAAUUUCAUGUGUUAAACACCCAAGCCGAUGAAUCAUACGAGUACAUGCGAGACUCUUACGAUAGAGAUCCAAGCAGUGUGAGAGUAUUGCAAUGGAACAUAUUAUCACAAGCACUAGGAGUUAUGAACGACCAUUUUGUUAAGUGCCCAGAAAAGGCUUUAGACUGGAAUUUUAGGAAGUAUAAAAUAAUUCNAUAAAAUAUUUAUUCUGCGUUUAUUUUUGAAGUUAUACUUCGUGAAGUGGAUCAUUUUAAUUUUCUGAAAACAGUGUUAGGUUCUCAAGGUUACGACGGGGUAUUCUUCCCCAAGCCAGACUCACCUUGUUUUUAUAUACCAGAUAACAAUGGGCCUGAUGGCUGUGCAAUUUUUUAUAAGACUAAUAAAUUCGAUCUAGUAAAGUCAGAGACUCGAAUUCUCGAAGUGUGGAGUGUACAAAGUAAUCAGGUUGCUGUACUUGCCAUACUAAAAGACAGAGUUUCUAAUAAAGAACUGUGUGUUGCGACGACCCACUUAAAAGCCAGAAAUGGUGCCCUUUUAUCUACUCUUCGCAACGAACAGGGUAAAGACUUAUUAAAUUUCGUAUACGAAAACUGUGAAAAACGACCCGUGUUAUUAUGCGGUGAUUUCAACGCGGAACCCAUAGAACCCAUUUACAAAACCGUCAUGACCCAUGACAUAGGUCUUUCCAGUGCAUACGCCGAUUCAAAAUUAAUGACUUCGUCAGGAAUUUCUUUCAGUGAACCCCCUUACACCACAUGGAAAAUAAGGGAAGAGGGCGAGGUUUGUCAUACGAUAGAUUACAUAUUUUACAGCAAAGAGUUUAUGGAAUUGCAAGGGGUUGUUGAUUUUCCUACGGGGGACGAAAUUGGGCCCGAUAGGGUUCCAAGUUACGCUUAUCCCUCCGAUCAUUUCUCUUUAAUAUGCGAUUUUAAAUUAAAAGACUGUUAAUUAUUAUUGUCAUAAAAAAUAGUUACAUAUAUUUAUUCUAUUAUGUGUAUGUAUCUGUCGACGGUGUACCAAAAACUGUGAAAUUCACAUGGCAUUCGAAACUCCAUAGAAUUUUAAGAAAAAUGCCCUUUACAGUUUUUCGAUACGACCCUUGGUUAUUAAGUUAGUGACAAUUAAAGUAUGCGUUGGUUUCUGCAAGUGGCGAUGUUCAUGUGUCAAUUGUUGGCAGCUGAUUGGUCCGCGUCUGCUUGCAGACUGCAGAUACAAAAGUGCUGCCAAUUUUCUGCAAGCGACGAUGUUCACAUAUCGUUUGGUGACAGCGGAUUGGCUCGCAUCUUCUUGCAGUGAUAAGGGCGCUAUCCGAUUGGUUUAUCCUUUAGAUAUUAAUUACUCGAUAAUUACGCGUCUGAUUGAAAAACUGCAAAGGAAAUUAUUUCUUGAAUUUUCACAUUGAAUCGAAUGGCGUAGUUUUUCUCGGAAUAUUUGCAAAUUACCGUAUACAAAUGAGGUAAUAAUGAGGUUUCUGUUGAUUACAGUAUUAAUUGUAAGAGAUUUUCUCAACAGUGCGCAUACCUCACUAAACGAUAUUUUUGUUACGUUAAAGACAAUAGUGAUAUGUAGGAGAUGAUAUACGUUAUUUUUGCAAUUAAAACGUCUUCCUUUACCUAAGAUUUGUUAAUAAAUGUGUACAUCUAUCAGCCGUAACACUAGCAAUAGCAUAUCUUUACCUAUUGUAAGUAUUUCUUAGUUGUUUAAAGAAAUGUUUUAACAAAAAUGUAAUAAAGUCUUCAAUAAAAAAUUAAAUAAU